AGCUUCGACAUGUCGACCACGGGUCCCAUAAGUAAUUAUUAUGUGGACUCCUUGAUCAACCAUGAGAAUGAGGAUGUCCUUGCUGCCACUCGGUUUUCGGCGCCCGGUGCGCACCCAGCCGGCCCUCGUCCGACGUCCCUAGUACCGGAGUGUGCUGACUAUCCUUCCUGCAGCUUCGCACCAAAGCCACCCGUCUUCUCCACCUCGUGGGCCCCCGUACACUCGCAGUCAUCAGUGGUUUACCAUCCAUACAGUCACCAACCUCACUUAGGCACAGACUCGAGGUAUAUGCGGUCAUGGCUGGAGCCGAUAUCCGGUGCCGUGCCUUUCCACGGCUAUCCGGGAAACAGCAGGCACUAUGGGCUGAAGCCCGACGCCUUUCAGGAGCACAGAGCCGGAGAAUGUCUCAGCUCCAGCGGACGAACCUACACGGAUUAUCUGUACUGCUCAUCCACUGACAUGCGAGACAAGACGCAGCAGAAUGUCUCUUCUCCCGAGUCGGAGCUGUUGGCUUCAGGGAAACAUAAAGACGAGAAGCCGGAGCUAGAUCCGAAUAAUCCAGUGGCAAAUUGGAUACAUGCUCGGUCGACAAGGAAGAAGCGAUGCCCUUACACAAAGUACCAGACUCUUGAACUGGAAAAGGAGUUCUUGUUUAAUAUGUACCUUACUAGGGACCGCCGAUACGAGGUCGCCAGGGUCCUGAAUCUGACCGAGAGGCAGGUCAAAAUCUGGUUUCAGAACCGGCGAAUGAAGAUGAAGAAAAUGAACAAAGAAAAGACCGACAGCAAAGAACAAUAAUAUUAAUAAGAAUAAGAGUAACACAAAAGGACUGAAGUCACAAAAUAACUAUAACAACCACUAGUCACAUGGACAGCACAGAUGUACCAAAACACAAGACGACCCCUUUCUUCUUCUUCUCCUUC